AUGCCAAAAAUCGAUAAUUUUGUAUUGGACGCGAGUCUCUGUCGACCAUACUCUGAAGUCAAUGAAUUUUUUUCCAAAGCAUCUUCACGCUGGUGGAAAGAUGUUGACUGUUUUACAAAUUCGGUAUACAAAAAGAAUCCAACGAAAACAGCACAGCAAGUAUUCGAGGACUAUUUUCAAAGUCUUGUUAAUAUCGCAAAGAUCAAGGACAUUAAUUCCGAAGUUGCGGAGCAUGCUAGCACUAUCUACAAACAGAUCGUUAAAUCAGAAUGUUUAAAAAUUAUUGGAGAUACUCUGCUGGAAGCGACAAAAGCAGAUGCUAAGAGAAGGCAAGAUAUAACCGUAAUGACCAGAGAGGAAUUUCAGAACGCAACAACUAAUGAUAGAAUGAAUCGAAGGACGGCUGUGUAUCUUGAUAGCCAUGAUUUGAGUGACGAAAUCGACAAUUUUUUUCAGAAUCAGUCUACCAUUGUUAACAGAUCGACCUCACAAAAACAUCAGGGAUUUGAUGAUCAGGAUGUUUAUAACAAAGAGCGACCAAAAGGAGGAGAUUCGCCAUCCGAAAAUUUAAGUGAUGAUACUUCCUACCAUCCUAGCUCCAGUGACACUGAGAGUGCUGACUCGGAAAACGGAGGCAGAGGUAAACGACAAUACCGGUAUGAAUGGUUUGUUGGGUUGGGAAGCGAGAGAACGGAAUUGGACAAAGACGCACACCAGUGGUUUGUUAGUGAUGUAAACAUAUCCGUAAAGCUAAUUGAAUAUCGUCAGAUGUGCAUUCAAAAGGCGUUGCGUGAUGAGUUGGAAAAUGAGUCUGAAAUUUUGUCUUUGAACUAUAUUUUUCUAUUUGACGAGGACGAGAAGAAUGGAACCCGGGACGCAUUCGAUGGAAAGUUGUGGACUGCAAUAUUCAAAGAUAUCAAGGCUGAAUUUUUCUCUGUUCAAUUCUCGGAGAGCGAUAUUUGUAGAUGCCAUGCAAUGACUAAGGCUGCCAGUAGCUCGUUACGGGAUUGUAGACUCCUAAUCCGACAAUGGCAGAAAGAUUUGGAGAAAGAAGAAGACAUUCUGCUAGAAGUUUAUGAAUCGAUACUUCAGCAAAAUCUAUGGAAUUUGUGCGGCUCAUGCGAGGACACCUUUGUCCACAAGAUCCUGGCGCCGUUCAUAGCUCCUUUUUUCACUAAAAACGAUCUUUUGGAUUGUUCAUGGUCCACUGAUGUUUUUGAGCCAUCAGUCCAUCGCAAGAGAAAAUUCGAUCCCUCCUUGGAUGGGAAAAAAGCGGACAACACUGUUUUCUUGACUGCAAAGAAACUUAAAGAGUUUUUGCUAGUAACGGAGGUCAAGUCACCAAGGUACCGAAAGAAUGGCAUGUUGAAUGAUUUAGUCAAGCUUGGAAAUGAAUUGAAAGACGCGCUCGACAAAGUCAUUGACGAUGGAAUUGAUAGCAAAGACGUGGCCAUCUGUGGCCUCUUAGUGCAAGGCAAUGUAUUCAAAUUGGAUCUAAAAUACGAGGCCAUUUACCGCAUGGUUCUUUUGGGCCGUUUUUAUCUUCCACGGGACCAUCACGAUUUUAGUGUCUUUACUAGAGGCAUCGAAGUCAUGUUGCAAACACAGGCGAUCAUCUUUCGCACUGCCGAAAUAUGUGCAGAAACCAUACAAAAUGCAAGCAUGAAUUUGUGGCUCAAUCAUCCUGAUGCGGAAAUCAAUGAGAAAGCCGUGAAUAAGGUAUCUCCGAGGACGCCGCCUCGUCAAAAGAUGGCACGGCCUUCCUAUUCCACGCCAAUGAAAAUUAUGGAUCAAAAUCGCUGA